AACGUUUGGAUAGAUGUCAUCAUACAGAAAUAAGAGGAUGGAUGCUGCAAGUGAGCACGUGUCGCGCAGACAUGACUGUCAAAGCUUCUGUACGUUCACUAAUGCACAUUAUUGGUUCUUGCACACACACACAGUCAUUGUGCUGACCUGCCUAUGAAAUUCCACUGGGGCUCUCCUGUCUUCUCCACGUCUCUCCCUCCUCGCUGAUUCCUCUGUUCAUCUCAUUCUUUCCUUCCUCCUCCACUGAGGGAAGAGAAGAUUUCUCAGUGACUACUUCUUACUGCCGAAUGAUGGAUGACUCCGUGUUGAGGAUUAUCCUUUAACUGUGACGGAGAAGACUCUACCCUGUGGUGACCUUGACCCUGGCUUCUUUGGAGGAAGAAAGGGACAAAAGAUGGGAACGAAGGAAGAGCGCUGCCCCAAACAUGAAGUUGGAGAACAGCUGAUGAUGCAGCCUGAGGAAGUUUUGGAGGUGUGGAGGGAUGUGAACCACAGCCACUUUUACAGUUUGCUCCCUCCCUCUCUCUCAUUCUCUCUCUUUCUUCAUCUGGCUGCUUUCCGAGCCUACAGCAAGCGCUUUUGAGAUCCAGGACACCUUCCCCUUUUCUCAUCUUUCUCUUCUUCCCCCUUUGUCCGGAAGAGUUUGUUUGUUCAAACUAGAUGGGGACUCACCGAGAGAGAGGAGAGGCAUUUGCAUUGCUUAACUGAGCUCAGGCACUUCCUCAAAGCCCCAAAGAGCCAUGGGAAGGGAUAGGAGCCUUUCCAGACACUUUCGGAUCUUCAUUCCCAAGAAGCACCGGGAGCGUUUUGACGAGGUGGUUUCCCAGAGUCUGAUGAGCCGGCUCAAAGGGCGGAGCUUCAGCGACCCUAGCCGUAACCACCUUCGCCGCAGCCGGAGUGAGGAUCAUCCCGAACGCCUUCUGGUCUCCACCCGUGCAAGUUCAGUGCCACGCACCCACGCAGAGGAAGGCGUGGUCCCCCCAGCCCGCGGCAUGCGCAAGACCACCUCACUCAUAGCUGGGCACUCCAGUGGCACCACCACCAACUGCAGGACAGUGAGAGUGUGUAAGGGCAACAUGAGUUUUGGCUUCACUCUUAGAGGACAUGCUCCAGUGUGGAUUGACUCUGUCAUCCCCGGAAGCCCAGCAGACAAGGCAGGUCUAAAACCAGGAGACCGCAUCCUGUUUCUCAAUGGACUGGACAUGAGGACCUCCUCCCAUGAGAAGGUGGUGUCCAUGCUCCAGGGCAGUGGUGCCAUGCCCACUCUGGUAGUGGAGGACGGUCCGCCUACUUUCACCCUGGCAGAGCAGGACCUUGCUGGGGGCGGCGUUUCCACUGAACGUGCCCGCUCCCCUAUGCUCAGCUCCCUGCAGUGGGUGGCAGAGAUUCUGCCCCCCAGUAUCCGGGUUCAUGGCCGCACCUUUGGACAGCAGCUGGAGCACCUGCUGACCAUCCAGGAGAAGUACACCAUCUGUAAGGCUCUGGAGAACUUCUUCCAGCACAGGAAUGUUGACACUCUGAUCGUGGAUGUGUUCCCGGUGCUGGAUACUCCAGCCAAACAGGUCAUCUGGCAGUUUGUUUAUCAGCUGCUGACAUAUGAAGAGCAGGAACACUGCCAGAGCAAGAUCUCCCGCUUUCUUGGAUACAAAGCGCCAGUUCCACCACCACCACCACCUCCUCCCCCUCCUCCGGAGCCUGAGGUUGCCCCCGAGCCCCAUCGACGUAGCAGCUCCAUGAGGGUGACAGGGACCACGUACAGGAGCAGUGUGAGGGGACGUAGCUCUGAUGAUCUGGUCAUUGGCACACACUUGGGCAUGGGCCUUCGUUCAGAGCCAGUGCUGGAGACAGGGAUGAGGUUGGCUCCAGGUGAGAGACAGUCAGGAGAUGGUACUUCCCUUCCUGAGACUCCAAACAACCUCACCAAUCUGUCAGCAGUGUAUGCUGAACUGGAGAACAUGUAUUCAACCAAGAGGUCCAAGUCUCUGAAGAGUCGUCCUCCUCCUGCCCCUGAGAGUUUGCUGGAUCUGGAGCCUCCCUCGCGCACAACCUCCCCUACAAUACAUGCUAACACAGGUAGCCGUAAAGGCCCGCCACUACCUACAUCCUGGCCGGAGCCUCUUCCUAGCCCCCCUGCAGCUCAGUUCUAUCCAUCAGGGCUGACAAGCCAGACCAGUGGGGAGUCCAACCCCUACAUCAGCCUAGACACCCCUUCAUCACCUCCAGAGCCCCCCGACUACCCAUCUAGUCCCCCCACCCACCGCAGCAGCAAGCGGCGUUACACCUUCUCCAAACCACCACGCUCAGAAGACACAGAUCGCUUUCUGGAUGCACUGAGCGAGCAGCUAGGACAGAGGGUGGCCAUUGUUGAUGACUUCCUGACUCCGGAGAAUGACUAUGAGGAGGAUGUUGUGCAGAUGGGCUUUCCAGAUGAGGAGGAUGAGGAUAAUGAAGAGGAGUUAGGGGUGGACGAAGAUGAAAAUGGAGGAUUUGUGGCCCCAGAGCUCAGCAGUCCGAGUGAUGUUCAAAGCAGCAGUGGAGAAGAAAAUGCCUCCUCACUCACCUACUCUUCCUCCUCCGACCACAUCCCUCCACCACCAAUGACCCCUCCGCCACCCCCGCCUGUUCAGUUCAAUGACCCGCCUCCUCCCCCUCCAGCACCUGCACAGACUCCGUCUCAGCACCAACAACAGCAACAGCAGCAACAACAACAGCAACAGCUUAGCUACACCCCUGAACACUCCCCAAGAGCAUAUGUGCCCAUCCGCCGGAAAUCUGGCCCCCCUCCCCCACCACCACCCCGCAGUAAUCCACCACCUAAACGCCACUCCUUACAUAAAGUGUUGCCCACUAGAGAGGACCUACAGGUCCAUGCUACCAUACAAGAGCUAAAAGCCUUCCAAGAACAACAAGCCUACCAGGAAAGACAAGUCUAUGAGGAGCAACAAGCAUAUAAGGAGAGGCAGGUGUUUGAGGAGCAGAAAGCCUAUGAAGAACAACAACUGUUCCAAGAGCAGCAGGCUUACCAGGAACAAAAGGCCUAUCAAGAGAAAAUUUUCAAAGAGAGACAGGCUUAUGAAGAGCAGAAGGCGUAUGAGGAACAAAAAGCUUUUGAAGAGCAACAAAUGUACCAGGAGCAACAAGCCUACCAAGAAAGACAAGCAUAUGAACAGCGCCAAGCCUACCAAGAACAAAAAGCGUAUGAACAGCAUCAAGCCUACAAGGAGCAAAAAGCAUUUGAGGAGCUUCAAGCCUACCAGGAGAAAAAAGCUUAUGAAGAGCGUAAAGCUUAUGAGGAGCAAAAAGCUUAUGAGGACCGUCAGGCCUAUGAAGAGCAACAAGCGUAUCAAGAGCAACAGAUGCAACAGAUCUAUCAGAGCCACCACUCGAUGCCUAACCAGCCAACACAGCAGAAAUCCCACUCACCACUGCCUCUCCAACAACUCCACCAGUCCUUACCCCCACUCCCCUCUCCAGACUCUACCCAUCACCACCCUAACCAUCCUCUGUAUAUGAUGCGCCAAGCACAGCAGCAACAGGCCCACCAGAGUCAUCACCACCGACGUCAGUCCCGUUCAGCCCCAUCUCCGCACCAGCCGCCACCCCAACCAACAGCCCACCCCAGCCAACAAGGUCAAUACGCUGAGGGCAUCUACCAAAGCCAUCAGGCCAUGAGACCCCAGCCCCACCAUUCUUCUGCGGAGAUGCUCCACCAAAUGCACCAAGCCCCAGCCCAUCAUUCCUCUGCUGAGGUGCUCCAGUUGCAACAAUCCCAGGCCCACCUCUCAUCUGCAGAGAUGCUCCAGCAGAUGCAACAAGCCCAUGCCCACUACUCAUCGUCAGAAAUGCUCAACCAAAUGCACAAAACCAAGACCCAUCAUUCUUCAACAGAGGUUCUGCAACAAGCUCACCAGAUGCAGCAAAUGCAGGCCCAUCACUCCUCAACCGAACUUCUCCAUCAAGCUCAACAGAUGCAUCGGGGACAAGCACACCAUUCAUCCACAGAGCUGCUCCAGCAAAUGCACAAACCCCAGGCCCACCACUCCUCCACAGAGCUGCUCCAUCAAGCCCAUCAGAUGCACCAAACUAAACCCCAUCACUCCUCCACAGAGCUUCUGCAUCAAGCCCAGCAAGAGCCUGCCUCCCUUCCAGUUCAGCUAAACCGGGACAGCCAUUCCCAUCAGAGCCGGAGAAGUCUUAAAGGUCAUCAUCAGACCCAAGCGUCACCGCAAGGGAGACACCCAGAGCAGCAGAUCCACCAAACCCAUCACCCCCAGCCCACCAAACCCUCUCCUCAAAGACCCCACUCUAUCCAGCAGACCCACCACCACUCCAGCACACCUCAGAUCCACCACAUCCACCAUAUGACCCCACAGCCCCCUCCGCAGGACUACCAACACCAGAUUCAUGUCAUCCACCCUCCACAGCAGCCCCACCGUCCUCAGCCCCUUCUCUCCACCUUUCAGCCCCUCCAGCCGCACCAGUCCACUGUCUCCACUUUUCAGCCUCUGCCCCAACACCACCAAGUCCAGUCCUCCACCCAGGCCACCCGUCCACAGUCCCAGCCCUCACAUCACCUGCUGCAGUCGCCACACCAGCCCCAAACUCAGUCCCACCAUAAGCAAUCCCAUGGCCAGCCUCAGUCCCUCCCCCACUCUCUAUCUGACCCCUCAGAACACCUGGAGCCCCCUCCGCCUCCACCACUGCCCCCACCCUGCUCCCCUCCACCCUUGCCCAGGCCUUCGCUCUCCAGGAUGGACUCCAACCACAUGAGUGUGAAGAGGUUGCGCUGGGAACAGGUGGAAAACUCAGAAGGGACUAUCUGGGGACAGUUGGGAGCAAAUUCUGACUAUGACAAACUGCAUGACAUGGUGAAGUAUCUGGAUCUGGAGCUGCACUUUGGGACACAGAAGAGCUCCAUGCUUGCUCCAGAGCCAUCUGUCCAAUCAGAAACCUUCAAGAAGAAAGAUGUGAUCGAAAUUCUGUCCCAUAAGAAGGCCUACAACGCCUCCAUCCUGAUAGCCCACCUGAAGCUGUCACCUGGGGAGCUGCGUCAGGUGCUGAUGAACAUGGCCACUGAUAGGCUGGAGCCAGCCCACAUCAAACAGCUGCUGCUCUAUGCCCCCGAUGCAGAGGAGGUCAAAAAGUAUGAAGAGUACAGACAGGACCCCAGCAAACUCAGUGAGCCAGACCAGUUUGUGUUGCAGAUGUUAUCAGUACCGGAGUACAAGACCCGUCUGCAGAGCCUCCUCUUCAAAUGUUCUCUACAGGAGAAGACGGAGGAGUUGAGGGGAGCGUACGACUGUCUUUACAAGGCUUCGCUGGAGCUGAAGACAAGCAAAAAGCUGGCUAAGAUACUAGAGUUUGUGUUGGCGAUGGGGAACUACUUGAAUAACAGUCAGCCCAAAACCAACAAGACUACAGGCUUCAAGAUCAACUUCCUUACAGAGUUGAGCACAACCAAAACAGUGGAUGGGAAGUCGACAUUUCUACAUAUUCUGGUCAAGUCGUUAUGUCAGCACUUUCCUGAUGUGUUGGAUUUUGCCAAAGAUUUAACCAUGGUUCCUCUUGCAGCCAAAGUAAACCAGAGGACUAUCACAUCAGAUCUUAAUGACCUUCAUACAACCAUUCAGGACAUUCGCUCAGCCUGUCAGAAGAUGCCUGCGACUGCUGAGGACCGUUUUGCUGUCGUGAUGAGUAACUUCCUGGAAAACAGUCAUCCAGCAGUGCAGUCGCUGGACUCCCUGCAACAGAGAGCUAUGGAAGAAUUCAGCAAAACUGCCUCCUACUUUGGAGAAGACGGCAAAGCCACCAACACUGAGGCCUUCUUUGGUAUCUUUUCUGAGUUCAUGAACAAGUUUGAGAGAGCACUCAGUGAUCGGCAAGCUGCAGAAAACUUGAAGAGCCCCAGAAGUCCACGAAUGGCCUCCCCACUGGCCUGGUAACACACACACAUACGGAGAUGACUACAUAAUUCAUACAGUAUAGACACAUCCACAGACUUACUGUGUGCAUAUAUAUCAAUGCACAUGCACAAACGCAUACACACAUACACACACACACACUCACACACACACACACACACACACACACACACACACACACACACACACACACACACCACUCAAAGCACAAUUCUGAGCAAAAAACAAGAUUUUAUGUAUAUUAUGUGUUUUUGGUCAAAUUAAGGGAGGGAGAAACUUUUGCAUCAAAGAUGGACAAGUUAGCUUUAUACCAGUGGUAUAGUAUAUACUGUACAUCCUUUCAAAACAAACAAGUUUUGAAAAACAAGUUUUUGUUGACGUCUAAAACUUAAAUGGCUACUACAUAGAAAACAACCUUGUUUGGCCGUCAAGGUAUCUCUACUAUUUAAAAGAUAUUACUCAGUAACAUCAUAUAGUUAGUAAGUUUUGUUUCUCUAAGCCUGAGUUGAGGUCACCUCUGUAAGUGUGGUAUUACAAUUCUACAGUCAAAUCUUUGUUAUAUAUCCAUGAAUAAGACAUAGACUUUAAAUUUAAUCCUGAAAUAGAUAUUUAAUUAAAAUAUGUUCUCAUUCACUUGGUGGUUUGGAAGAAACAGCAAAAGCAGUUUUCCUGUUAGUUUACAUGUUCUGUAUUUUUGUAAGCUGCCCACCACACUGAAUGUAACAUAAGUUCUUUACUGACUAAGUGUCGCUUAUUUUCUCAAGUAAAUACUCAUUGAAAUCAGCUGUCCUGAUAACGUAUCAUUUACUGCAUUGUAUCUAUGCCACACUGUCAGCAGAUUUUCCAAAUUCCUACCAUGUCAGUUAUUAUAGCCAUAUCAUUUCUUUUUUUCUAGAUAGUAUUUUUCUUGUAUAAUACUUAACUUUGAAUGCUAUUAACUUGUAUAUAUGAGACAAUGUCAGUGGGAAAGUGGCACUUACAACUUGUUUUUAUAAAAGACAAUUUUAACUGUUCCAAGGAUAAUUUUUAACCCAUCUAAAGUCAUGAACACAGUAAUUACAGGAAGUAGAAGUGGGAUUAUGUGGAGCCAACAAUGGGCAGUGUGCAAUAAGUGAAUGUUUAGCUUUGUUCCACCAUUAAUAUAAGUAUAACAGCGAUAUUUUGUGUUUGUACUGUACAGAAUGAGAGUGGAUAUAAAGAAAACAUACAGUUGCUACAAUAUACUGAAUGAAGCACUUUUCAUGUAUUUCCCAAAUAUUUAUUUUAAUGAUUGUGUCAUGUGGACUGGCCAUAAAGUUGAGAGGACAGCAAUGUCAUUAAGUUUAGCGUAGCAGAUGCAGCAUUUUACAUUUUCAAUACUACAGCUUACCAGCUUCUCAGAUGUGCCAGUGCUCUAUAAAACAUAAAGCUUAGUCUUCAAGUGAUGUUUUUAAAUGGUAAGGCAAAUUAAUAUGAUAAGAAUAAUCUGUGCAGCUAGUAAAAGCUUUGUUUUCUAAUGGCCCAAGUUGUUUUUUUCUGCCUAAAUUACAGACUGUAAACCUCUAAAGCAUUGCUGUCCAUUUAAGGCCUAUAAAGUGUUAAGUCUGUAUUUUGUAUUGUAUCCUAACGAUGCUGACAACUAUAAAGAGUGGUAUGAAAUCUA